AACAAGGGAAGUUUUGCCGGGUUGAGCGCCGAUUCUGGAGGGGAAAAGUGUGCGAUGUCCGUGAUGACGUCGCGAGCGGAGAAACAUCGAAUCUUUCCGGUUGUCAAGAUCGCAGGACAAGAUGGGCCUGAAAUACGAACUUUGUGUGGGUCUCAACAAGGGACAUAAAACCAGCAAAAUCAGGAAUUUGCGCUACACCGGCGACAAGAAGGUGAAGGGACUGCGCGCCGACAGGAUAAAGAACGUCCAGACGAAACACACCAAAUUCGUGCGGGACAUCGUGCGUGAGGUGGUUGGUCAUGCCCCUUAUGAGAAGCGCUGCAUGGAGUUGCUGAAGGUGUCCAAGGACAAGCGCGCCCUGAAGUUCCUGAAGCGCCGCCUGGGCACGCACAUCCGCGGCAAGAGGAAGCGUGAGGAGCUGUCCAACAUCCUGACUCAGAUGCGCAAGGCCCAGGCCCAUGCCAAGUAAACUGAUCAGCUCCGCCAUGGAGAAAUAAAUGGAUAACACAAAAGCCGUAAA